UAGAAAAGCACCACAUGACUUUUAAUUCAAAACAUUUCUGGAGAGAAGACAACAAAGUGUGUUUGAGCAGCUAUUGAAAUUUUAUUUUCAAGCAGAUAUUAUCACAUUUCUAUCAGAGUUUCUACGGCUCUGUGCAGUUGGGCUUAUAGUUGUUUAAGCCACGUGCUAUUAAAAGGCUUAUUAGAAAGGCAUAAACAAACCGAUCAUCAUGCCACGAGGAAAGUACGCAAGCUACAAGGGUCGCACUCGCCAGUUCACCUCUCCCGAGGAACUGCGCCAGAAGUCAGAGGACGAUUACGACCAGGUCAGCGGCUCUGGGUCAGAUAGCGAUGAUAAAGAAGCAGCCAGGGAGGCCAAGUCAUCCUCCUCCAUAGCAAAGAAUGGCGCCUUGCAAAAAGCGACUCGUAAUCAGAAAUCCUCGUCAGAUGAGGUGGACAGUUCUUCCGAGGAAGAAACCGAAUCUCGUGUUGCCAAAAAGGGCGUGGCUUCACUGAUUGAAAUCGAUAAUCCCAACCGGGUGCCCAAUAAGGGGCCACAAAAGAUGUCAGCCAUUAUGCUCAAUCCUACCAAGACGGGGCCAUCCCGCCGUGAUCGAGAGCAGGACAAGGAUCAGAGUGCUCGCAAGCGUUACGAGAAACUCCACGUCGCUGGAAAAACCACCGAGGCUAUGGCCGACUUGGCCAGGCUGGCUCUGAUCCGGAAGCAGCGCGAAGAGACCGCUGCCAGGCGUGAAGCGGAGAAGAAAGCAGCCAAUGUGGUCACCAAGAAGCCGUUUGCCAAGUAGAGAAUCCAUCUCAUAAAGCUUCCAUUCCCCAAACGGGAAUGAAUAAAUAAAUAAAACAAUGACAAGAAA